AUAGUUUAGUCAAAGGUGUAACCGCUCUAAAUGUCACAUGUAUUUAUAUUAUGUCAAAGAAUAUUCAGAGAAAAGAUUAGUCGGCUUGCAUCUUAAUCUUUACAUUCAAUCUGUGGGCAUCUUUGUCAUCUCAAACAAAAUAAAGACGAAGUACGUGUACAGUCAGUAAUUGCUUCCUUUGCGACGUUAUUAUUGUAAUUUGUGUUGUUUAUAUAAAAUACAGUUGACAUGCGACGUGUGGUUUAUUUCGUUGACACUUGUAUACUUCGGAAGCCACAUGGCAGUGUUAAUAUUACUUAGUGUUAGCAUUCUGAUUGCUUCUGAAUUAAGUCAAGCGAUAAAUACAAAAAUGGAUUUUGAUGAAGAACAAGAUCAUGUUGUUACUGAUUCGUCUAAAGAUAAUGAAGAUGUCGAGGUGCAGCAUACUAUUGUCGUUUCAACGAAGUUAAAAAACAAUAAUCGAAGACUUCAAAACUCUCGAGAUGAAAACAUAAACUCGGCUCGUCCUUCGAAUUUAAAAAGAGAAGAUAGCGGAGAGGUUCCAGUAAUAAAAGGUUACAAAGCAAUAGAAACAACUCAAAUAUUUACCCCCGACACACGAGUUAAAUUACCAGCUAACAAUUUUAAUACGAGACAUAAUCCUUUAGAUGAGAACGACAUUUAUUCUAAUCUAGGAUUAAAUCCAGUUCAUUUUAAACCAUCUAAUUAUUAUAACAUGAACUGGAAUCAAGACAAUGCGAGAACUUCUAACACAUUCAUGCCAAGAAACGAUAGAAGAGGUUACCUCAACCAAAGAACUAUAAAUAGAGGAACAAGUGAUGAUGUUGUCAGAGAUUUCUAUUGUAAGAAAUGUAAUGAACUAAGCAGAAGGCAAGGAUUUAGAGGUUGUGAGCAAUUACGAAGUAACCCAUGGUAUGAGAAUACAACACCGAAGUUGAAGAUAAACGGAAAAUUAGCGAAAUUAAACUAAUCGAGUCAUUAUUUUGUUCGGUACGCCGUGACCGCAGAAAAAAACAAGUUGCAGAUGAUAUCUAUUUGACCUUGAGAGAGUACAGACAUUGUUCUUGUAUUUUAAAGUUCAUUGUCUCCAGUAAAUUGAAUAAUAAAUUAGAAUUACUAAUUUA